AUGGGAGGCAACUUGACGGUCAACGCCAAGGAAAACUAUGCCAUGGGAGUCGAGGACAGCACCAAAGGCGUGCCGACAGGCCACUACGAGCAAUACUGCAUUCUCUACAUUAUUAUCCGAUAUCUGGCGCGGAUGCGGGCAAGGGAGGAGUUUGAUCGGAUGGGUGGUGAUCUGGAUCCACAGAAGAGGCGAGAGAUGGUCACACCGCAGCGGGGAGAUACGGGCACUACGCAGGGCCCAAGGAGGCAGGCGGCUGGUGUGAUAAAGCCUCCGCGGAGCGACUCUCUACCCUAUUGA